CGGCGCCCGGGCGAGGAGUGGGCACGCGAGCUGGAGUUCCGGCAGUAGGCCCCAUCUGUGUGCCGGCACCUUCACCAUGGCGUCGGUGGAGCUGGAUUACACCAUCGAGAUCCCGGAUCAGCCCUGCUGGAGCCAGAAGGACAGUGCCAGCCAAGAUGGGAAGAAGGGAGGAACUCGACAGCCUGUCGUGAUUCUCUUAGGCUGGGGUGGCUGCAGGGACAAGAACCUCGCAAAGUACAGCGCCAUCUACCACAAAAGGGGCUGCAUCGUGAUCCGAUACACAGCCCCAUGGCACAUGGUCUUCUUCUCUGAGUCCUUGGGCAUCCCUUCACUGCGCAUGUUGGCCCAGAAGCUGCUUGAGCUCCUCUUUGAUUAUGAGAUUGAGAGGGAGCCUCUGCUCUUCCAUGUCUUCAGUAAUGCUGGUGUUAUGCUGUACCGCUACGUGCUCGAACUCCUGCAGACUCAUCGGCGCUUCUGCCACUUACGUGUGGUGGGCACCAUCUUUGACAGUGGUCCUGGUGAUAGCAACCUGGUAGGGGCCCUGAGGGCCCUGGCAGUCAUCUUGGAGCACCGGCCCACCAUAUUGCGCCUGUUGCUCCUUGUGGCCUUUGCCCUAGUGGCAGUUCUGUUCCACAUCCUACUUGCUCCACUCACUUCCCUCUUCCACACCCACUUCUAUGACAGGCUACAGGACUCUGGUUCCUGCUGGCCUGAGCUCUACCUCUACUCAAAGGCUGAUGAAGUAGUCCUGGCCAGGGAUGUGGAACGCAUGGUGGAGGCCCGCCUAGCCCACCAGGUCCGAGUGCGCUCUGUGGAUUUUGUGUCAUCUGCACAUGUCAGCCACCUCCGUGAAUACCCUAGUUACUACACAAGUCUGUGCAUCGAUUUCAUGCACAACUGUGUCCAGUGCUGAGGUCUUGCUCCAGAAAUAAACGCUGACACCUCCCUCCAGCCUCCCUCUGUCCUGGGGAACUGGUGGCAGUCUGCUUGCCCCAGAAUCCUAGGGGGCAAGAGUGCCAGGCAGCUUUCUGUAGGAACCUUACAGUUGAUUUGACAAAUGAAACAGAUGCUGAUUCCUGCAGCAUUUAGGUUGUAAAGGAUUAAUAAAGUUGGGGAUGAGGUUAA